UUACGUGUUUGCCUGAAAGAUAGGACGUACAGCGCCAUGCAUCCUCACAUUACAGUUUGACAUGGGUCUGUCGCUAUAUAAGGAGGGCACCGCCCGACAAUUCUUUUCCAUUCAACCCUUCUGCAACAUUGGAGCCUCGGGCAGGUAAGGUAAGGCCAUUUUUAUCAUUUGAUCAUCUCAUCGUGUCGUCUUUUUUAUUUUCUCAAGUCAUUUUUUCUCAUCUUCGCAACUACCUACUGCAUUCCAUCAUCCGACCUGCAUCGCCUUAAUUACCUAAAUCUAUCAGCUGGAUUUCGGUGAUCCAAACGCGGUCGGUUGAUACGAUAUUGAGGGGAUUAUUUCCUUCGGUCGGAAACUUAAGAUAAAUUAAUAAGAAGAAGAGGUCAUUCAUUCAUUCAUUCAUUCAUUCAUUCAUUCAUCUAUUCAAAAUGUUCGGUCGACGGUUCGAGCCAGCCGCGAAUAAGAGUUUCUCCAAGACUCAAAAGGUCAACAAGUCUAGUUCGUCUUUUAGUAAAAGUAGCGGAGUCUCUAAGAGUCGACAUGAACCUCGUCAACAUCGCCGCCCAGCGACUGCGACAUCUUCAAAUGUACCUAUGGAAACAGCCCUCUCACCAACUGGCACGUUAACCCCUUCCAUCGUCACUCUGGUCAUCGGGAGUGACCAACGCAUCUUCGCCGCCCACGAAGAUGUCCUCCGCGCUUCGUCGUGGUUCCAGCAGGCCUUAUCGAACCAGUACAUGGAAGGCCAGAGCUCCAAACGCAUACAUCUUCCAGACGAGGAGCCCGAGAUCUUCUCGUCCAUCCUAGAAUACCUGUACAAAGGCGACUACUACCCUCGUCUAAUCCAUAACAAGCGUCGGAACUCGUGGGAGAUCGAGCAGAUUGAAGAUGACGAUCGUGGCUCGAAAGAGUCAACCGUCUACCACCGCGGCGUUGAUGGCGACAUUCUUAAGGACACCGUCAUUUAUUGCACAGCCGACAAGUACGGCCUUGAGGAACUAAAGCGAGUCGCCCUACGCAAACAGGGUCUUCAGUCCGGUAUUCAGUGCAGCACCAUCCUCGCAUCGGCGCGUUACGCGUAUGCCAACACACCAGACUCCGACUCCAAGUUGCGAGCGCACUACCUCGCUCUCAUCAUCCGGAGCCGUAGCACCUUCAAACGAAGCGGCACCAUGCAGCUGGAGAUGUUUAACGGCGGCACACAGCUCUUCUUCGACCUUUUCGUCGCCUUAUGCAACCACGUAGACGACAUUUCUAGCACUCAAAACACACCCCGAAGCAACCGCCACUUCUUCUAAUAUGCUUCGUCGUGGUCGUCAUAAUCUCUCCAUCUCAUCGUCCUUUCUUAUUACCAAUCUCAUCCCACCGGGAAUUCAUCAUAUCAAAACAACCUAAUGAUCAACGCCUUCAUAUCCUUUUUCUACUUCUCUACUACUACAUUCCGAAAGAUUCGGGGGUUUCGGUUCGGGACACAACAGCGACAAAUACCAUAUUAGCGGCGUUCGGGAUUUUCACAGUGGAUAUCAUCAUCAUGCUUUCUUUCUCAUUUUUCCCGUCGAACUCUUGUAUCAUUAUAAUCCUCGCAACAAAUUGGCGCGGCAGCGAGGAUAUCAGAGAAUUACACCAUGGUGGAUUUAUGGCUACGAAGUAAAAUGCCGGAGAAAGAAAAAAAAGUUACGAGUUCUACAGGUUAUCAGUGUACGAAGGAAACCGGCAGCGCCUUUCAGCGGGGAAAGGCUGAAUAACGAGGAGAUGGGUACGAAGAAAAAUGGAAUCGGCCUAUGUAGGUCAGUUGUUGGAAAUUCGCUUGGAGGAAGCCUUAUGAAUAUCUCUUGUAUUAUUACGUUCUAGACUAUCUUUGAUAAGCAGCUCGCUGCUUUCUGCCCCUGGUACUAUUUAUUUCCGAGAUAUCACGCCGGGGGCUCCUAGGAGAUAAAGCACGCA